AUGUCUGCAAACAACGAUGUCUACCAGACCCCCCUCAACUCGCGCUAUGCGAGCACUGAGAUGAAAUACCUCUUCUCGCCUCGCAUGCGUUUCUCAACCUGGCGCAAGCUGUGGAUCUGGCUCGCGGAGUCCCAGAAAGAGCUCGGCCUCCCGAUCACCGAAGAUGCGAUUGAGCAGAUGAAGGCUCACGCCACCAUCCAGGACGAGGAAUUCAAGGUUGCCGCCGAGGAGGAGAAGCGCCGCAGACACGAUGUCAUGGCCCACGUCCAUGCCUUUGGCCAGGUCGCUCCGGCUGCUGCUGGUAUCAUUCACUGGGGUGCUACUUCGUGCUACUGCACUGACAAUGCUGACCUGAUCCUGCUCCGGGACGGCCUCGACAUCCUCAUCCCCAAGCUGGCCGUUGUCAUUGACAAGCUGUCUCAGUUUGCCCAGGAGUACAAGGACCUCCCUUGCCUGGGUUUCACUCACGGUCAGCCUGCUCAACUGGUCACCGUUGGCAAGCGUGCUUGCCUGUGGAUUCAGGACCUGUUGAUGGACCUGCGCAACCUCGAGCGUGCCCGCGAUGACCUCCGCUUCCGCGGCGUGAAGGGCACCACCGGCACCCAGGCCUCUUUCCUGCAGAUCUUCGAGGGUGAUCACGGUAAGGUUGAGAAGCUGGAUGAGCUUGUCACCGAGAAGGCUGGCUUUAGCUCCGCAUUCAUCAUCUCCAGUCAGACCUACUCGCGCAAGAUCGAUGUGGACGUUGGCAACGCUCUGGGCUCUUUCGGUUCCACCUGCGAGCGCAUUGGUAUUGACAUUCGUCACCUUGCCAUGCUCAAGGAGGUUGAGGAGCCUUUCGAGAAGGACCAGAUUGGCAGCAGUGCCAUGGCUUACAAACGCAACCCCAUGCGCUCGGAGCGUCUGUGCUCUCUCGGUCGCCACCUGCAGAAUCUCCCCAAGGAUGCCCUGGACACCUACUCGGCCCAGUGGUUCGAGCGGUCGCUGGAUGACAGUGCUAUCCGCCGUAUCAGCAUCCCUGAGCUUUAUCUGUCUGCGGAUGCCUGUCUCAUCCUUCUGAACAACGUUACCUCCGGCUUCGUUGUCUAUCCCGAGGUCAUCAAGCGCCAUGUCAACGACGAGCUUCCCUUUAUGGCUACUGAGAACAUCAUCAUGGCCUGUGUCAAGAAGGGUCUUUCCCGUCAGGAUGCCCACGAGGAGAUCCGCGUUCUCUCCCACCAAGCCGCCGACAACGUCAAGAAGCAGGGCAAGGACAACGACCUGCUGGAACGUAUCCGCCGCACCGCCUUCUUCAACCCCAUCAUCCCCGAGCUUGAGAGCCUCCUCGACGCCCGUACCUUUGUUGGUCGGGCCCCUCAGCAGGUGGAGAAGUUCACCACUACCGAGGUCGCUGCCGCUCUCAAGCCGUAUGCUUCGAACAUUGCCAAGGCCGAGACCGCUGCCCUGUACGUUUAA